UCCGGAGCGAGGCUCCCGCUUGCCGUUGGAACCGAAGCCCUGCUUGCACCGUGAAGUCCACCUGAAGAACCCGCUUGGCCACCUGGAUCGAGCUACCCUUCCUGGCGGUCGACACCGACGGUUCCCUUCGCGGCAGAGACGACACCGGUUGCCCGAGGCCGGUCAACGCAAAGAAGAUGAGGACUCUCCUGCUCCUGACGCUCGUGCUGGGGACGAUCGUCGCGGCCCCUGAUGUGAUCUCCCCCGGACCUACCUCAGGAGUAGUUCUUAGGGAUAAUUCGGGACUACUAAUCACAAACUGCCGGUUACAUACCCAAAGGGUGUUUGUACGACUGAACCCGGAGGAAGUAUGUAAAAAGAACUUCCCUGAUUGGUCCCGCCAAGUGGGGUGGGCUGGGCAUUGGUGGGUACGAGAGGCAGUAAGCCAUGCCGAACGAGACACCACCCACAUGCUACAACAGCUGCAAAAAUUUGCGGUCACACAGUCUGAACUGAAUGGGGCUCAAAAGAGAUCCAAACGGUUUCUUGCAGGUUUAUUAACUGCUGCCGCCGCUGUAGGCUCACUCCUUGGCGUCGGCACAUCCGCUGUUAAUGCCGUGGGCCUAGCCACGGUCCGCCGUAAUGUAGGGGAACUACAGGCAGAACUACCACACAUCAAGGACCAAAUAGACACCCAACAGAGACAGCUACAGGCAAUUGGACAAACUUUACAGGGUACCAUUGUGGUCCUCAAUACCCACACGGUAGCUUUAAACAAAACUCUGCAAACGAUCACCUCCCUGACCCGGGCAAUCCAGGCAGAUAUGGCUCACAUCCAAGUGAUUAACAUGCUUUUGAAUGACAUGCUACAGGAAGUGGGAUCCUCAGUAGACAGUCUAGUUAUGGGCAAGAUACCAGCUUAUCUGGUGCCUUUAACCCUGGUACAGGAAAUCCUCAGUCGGGCUACCCGAGAGGAAGUUACUGAUCUCCAAGCACAUUUAGCCUAUACACUCGGAAGUGCAGUACCUCUUUAUGUCAAUCCAGAAAAUAGAGAAGUAGCUUUUCUGGUCAACUUACCUAUAAUAGCUGCGGAAAACAUUUAUCGCUUAAAGGAAGUGGUAAAUGUUGGGUUUUGGCAAAAAGAAGCACACAUCAAAAUUCAGACUCCGACCUUGGUAGCUUACCAAGACAGCAAUCCUGGACUUUAUCUGGCCCCAAAUUUGCGCAUGUGUACCCUGUCCAAGGAUAUACACUAUCUCUGUCCCAGUAAACCAUUCACUCGAGAGGGUGCCGGCAAUCUUUGUGGCCUUAAGCCCAUGCUCACUAAGGACCAGUGUCCUGCCACUGUCACUCAUAGGUACCAACAGGUCGAGACUCAGGUUGAAAUCGUAGGGAGCCGGUGGCUGGUAAAUACUGCGGCACGGGAAGCUGUGUUGUCCUAUGACCAGCAUGAUAUCGAUGAACGUAUUCCCCUUCCGGAACAAACAUUUUGGGUAGACGUACCACCUGGGGCUACUCUGCAUGUUGGGGAAUGGUCCCUGUACCACUUAGUACCUGAUCAAUAUGAGAGUGAAAUUGAGGUGUCUGAUUUCUUUACUACCCACUCCUUAGAACUCAGCCCUGACACCCUUGGUCGGAUACAGUAUGAGGGUCCCCAGUCUAUCGAUUUGACCCCCAUCAAUAAUGUCUUAAAAGAGAUCGAGUCGCGUCCCACAUGGACAGUCCAACCUGAAGACCGUGAAGCUACAGAGACAAAUGGAUUCAUGGUCGGAACCCGCUUGGCCACCUGGAUCGAGCUACCCUUCCUGGCGGUCGACACCGACGGUUCCCUUCGCGGCAGAGACGACACCGGUUGCCCGAGGCCGGUCAACGCAAAGUGA